ACCUGUGUUUAACACAUAACGUACUGUACAAGUUCUGUUAUUUUAGAUAAGCUAGGGGCGACAUGGAGAAACAAGAGAAUAUUUUCCUAAAAAAGAGUUUCGUAGCCAUUACCGGUGCCAGUAGAGGAAUUGGUAAAAGCAUCGCCCUGAUGUUUGCAGUGAAGUUUCCCCAAAAUUCGGUCUUGUUACUGAUGGCAAGGAAUGUGGAGGAUUUGGAAAGCGUCAGGACGGAAUUGCAAGCAACGGCUCCCAAUAUAACAGUAUUAGUUCGACAGUAUGAUCAAGGAAAAACUGAUGAAGGAUAUUUUAAUGGAAUAUUUGAUAGUAUAAUCACUGAGAACAAACUUUCAAAGGAUGAUUUUGAACAGGUAAUGCUUGUUCAUAACUGUGCUUCAACCGGUGACAAAGACAAGACCGCGCUUCAGUUGUUUGACGCCGACCGCGUGCGGUCUUACUAUGACGUAAACCUCUGCGGCAUGAUUCUACUCAACACGAGUUUCUUUACAACAUUUUGUGAUCCUUCACCGUCUCGAGUCGUAGUUAACGUAACGUCAGGGGCCUCCUGGACUGCAGUGCCGUCUCUCCACCUAUAUUGCUCAGGCAAAGCUGCCCGUGAUAUGUUCUUCCGAGUCCUUUCUGCCGAAGAACCAUCUAUUCGGGUUCUGACAUACGCCCCAGGUGCUGUUGACACAGACAUGUUACGGGAUGUGGAAGCAAAUGCAUGGUCUACAUCAUACCGUGAAGUGUUAAAAGGCCUGCGUCAGAAUGGCGAAGUAACGACACCGGAGGAAUCUGUGGCCGACCUGGAACGGGUGCUGGAGGACAAUACAUUUGAAAAUGCUGCACACGUGUACAACUAUCUUCAGACAGCCCAGCCAUAUCUUGACAAAUAUUUACAAUGAGGCAUAACUUUCGAGCAAGAGUGAUUUGAUGCCCAAUUAUUUCGAGGGAUAUCAAGGCCUAUCCCUGUGAAAGUUCCUAGCAGCUGAACAUUACUAUAAAUGGAAUCAGUGUAAUGGAAUGUGUUAUUUUAUGUUGAUUCGAAUAGGUGAUGAUUGGUAUAUGUUCAUAAUCGCAAAGACUUGAAUUAUUUACGUGUA